GAGCCGAACGCCGGUUUCUGAAACCCGAACGCCGGAUGGCUUGGUUUUUGGGGUCCCUUGAACCGCCACAUGUCCAGGUGGCCGGAAUUGGGAUUCCGUGCAGCACUGAGUCUCCUUGGGAAUAUUCCCCCUCCUCUGGCUGUGGGGGGAAUGAAGCAAUUUCCCUGCUCCAACCGUCCACUGCCCUAAAUUUUGCAGAGUCAGCGGCGGAGAGCAUUUUUGGGACGCCUCUUGGCCAGGGCGGUGUUCCUCUUCCUGGAGCAAAUAUCCAUCGGUCCUUUAGGGAGACGGAGGAGAAAAUUCGGUCCUCCAGUUUUGGGAAGGUUAUUGUCCCAUCCUCCGUCCAGCCCACUGCUGUUCCCGGUCCAUCCACUCAAGAGACCGGGUCUUCUUCUUCUUCCCAGGCCCAUCACAAGAGGGGCCGAAAUUCCACUCCUCUUCCAGGCUCUUUGGUGUCCGCCGGUCCUUCCAUGGGGACCGCUGAUCACUUCUUUGGGACCGCUGGUGAUGGGUCUCCUACCGGGCAAGGGAGUCAGCCUUUUCCCUAUGCCCAGGAGGCCUAUCAGUUCACAGGGUACAUGGCUUGGGUUGGACGGGAUUUCAACAAUAAGCUUCAAGAAAUACAACAGCUUAAGAGGGACCAUCCAGAUGUGAUUUAUAGCCCCGUUUGGCCGUUUAUGCAGGAGGAGUAUACUCGUAUGGCCGAUUAUGUUGCCACUUCCUCUGCCCAGCGCCACUCUCUUUGCCUGUUGGACCGCAAUGCUGCUUUAUCAAAGGAGCUACGGGAUUUCAAAUCUCGGCACUCUAUUUGUGUCGAGCGCCCGGAAUACGAUCGGGUUUUGUCGGAGAACGACCAGCUCUACUCUGACCGCGAGCGGCUUUCGGCUAAGGUUGGACAGCGUGAGGAAUCUCUGAGGAGGGACUUGGAGCAGCAGGUCAGAGAGCGGGAAUUGCAAAUUCGAGAGGAGGCCGAUCUUCACCGAAGGAGAGCAGAGGAGGAGUUGGAGCGAACAUGGCAUCGUCGGUCCGAGGAGGAGGCGAGGAAGGCGGCGGAGGCAGUUGAGCAUAGGUGGCGUCUCCAACACGAAGAAACUGAACGCCGACUUUCUCAACGAGUUGAGGAGUUAAACCUGUCCCUUAUGGAGGAGAGGCGUUCAGCCCGGAGUUCCCUUGAGGAGGCCCGCCGCUCGCUUGAGAACGAGCGUCUCACCUAUGAGGGGCAUAUGGCGUGGAUGGAGGCGGAUCGCAUUGCAGAUUACGGUAGGGGCUUCUAUCGUGGAGGAUUGAAGGUCCAACAGCAGUUUUAUCAUGGCCUGGAGCCCUAUUCCGAUGGGCAGGAUCCUUGGCUGAAGUUUCCAGGCAUCCCAGGACCCAUGGGACCAGAGCCUUCUUUCCUCUGUUCCUCUCCCUCGCCCUGAAUUCUCAAGUCACUAUUGUAGUUUGUUUAGGAACGGUCCUCAUGUGCUCUUGUAUUGAUUUUGUCACUUCUUU